AUGGAGUCUCCAACGCGUCCCAUCCUCAGCCCCUCAAAGGCCCUCCACCCGGUAUCGCCGGAACGGAUGAAUCAACAAACUAUCCCCGCUUCGCCCUCGCUACCAUCAGACCUCCUGACACUCCAUCACAAAAACACCAAAGGUGUCUCUGAAGUACAGGCCAAAGUCGCCUUCCUCAACAGUCUGUCAGGAGAGGGCUCUGCCGCCUCAGCACAAUCGUCGGCGGCCAACCACGCCGCCAUGCAAAGGGCGGUCCUCGGCCGAGAAGAAGCCGAAUCUACUCUAGCCACUGUUCAAGAAGAGCUCUCCGAGGCCCAGGCGCGGGAGCGCAGAAUCAGCGAGCGUCUCGAAUCACUGCUCGAGGAACUGCACGGAACGAAAGAGCGCCAGGCCCAUGAACGGUCAAUCUUCGAGAAGGAAAUUCGCAAAGCCCGAAAGGAAGCUUUUAGAGCAGGAUCAAUCUUGGUGAAGACGCAAGAAGAACUGAAACAUUCCAAAUCCGAAGUCAAAGCCCUGAAAGACGAAGUUUCAGCUGAGCGAGAUGCCAAAGACAAGGCGAAGCAGGACGCAUUUGAGCGCGCAUAUGCCCUCGCGGGUCUUACUGAAGAGCUUGAAGUACUCAAAGGCAAGUUGCGCUCUGUAGAAGCCAACAACCAUUCGAGCACACUGGAAGUCCGAGCCCAUGAAAUUCGGAAAGAGGACUUUGGCCGACUGUCGCUCGCAGAAGGCGACCUUGCCUUCUUGACCACGCCACGAAGACCGAAAAGAGCCGCUGCAGGCUCCGUCCGAUCCCCGGCUCCUGAAGUGGAGCCCAGCGAAAUUGCAGAGGCCACACCACCCAAGAGACAGCGAUUGUCCGACUGUGUCCCUCAGCGCGAGGAGUCCGAUGUCGAGCCUGUUACAUCUCUGUCCGAUACGGAACAAGAUGUGCUGGAUGAUCUGACAGAGAAGCUUGAGCACGAAAAGCGACGUCGCGUCGAGGCAGAGGAAAUGGUACAUUUCCUGAACAUAGAGUGUCAAUUUGAACGAUGCUCUUGCCGUAUUGCCGAGAGCCAGGGUCGCCGCUAUAUCUAUGACGCGGAAUACUUUGAAAAGUUUCAAAAGCCUCAGCUUGAAGCAGCUCAGCAAGCCAGUGCUCAACAAAUUGAUCCUGGGCCAACCCGUACUCCCGACGCCAGCCCUCCCACCCCUGUCCAUCAACAGCUCGAGCCUGUUGUGAAGGCUGAGCCUGCAGACCCACCGGAGACGAUGCAGAUGCCCGCCGAGCCUCUGGUAACAUUCUCUCCGGAGACCGGUACCUUCAAGACGUUUCCAUCACCCCUUCGAGAUGAUGUUCGCCCUUUACGGAUGGAGUCCUUCGGUACAUCCGAGGAGGUAGAGCUCCAGGCCAAUGACCACCGUGACUCGGUCAUUGAAUCUCACACCCCAUCCGGAGAGCCGAUGCGAGCCAGGAUAUCUCGUGCCACCCCGUCGGAUGUCGCCAUUCAUGAUCACAUGGACGCGCCGAUGUCCAGGGAAGCUCGACCGACGAGACGUGCUGAAAGAGAGAAUUACGACGACCACCACUCCGCUUCCCAAAGGGUCCCUCUCCGAAGAGAGGAAGAGUCACGAGGCAGCUUCCAAGGCACCGUUCCCGAUACGCCCAUCAACCGAGAAGAGGCUUUGGCCCAGAUUCGGGCUAGGCGAGGACGAGCGCGCAGCAAGCAGCGAUCCGUGAGCGCCAAUGAGGCAGGCCGCGCAGCUCGCGCAGGGGGCUCUUCCGGUGGAUCGAACGCGACGCCUGCCCGAGGCCCCAGGCAUAUCCCAAACCUGCGUGCCGACUCGAAAAGCGAGAACGAUCUCGGCGAACGCAGGGACCUGAGUGCUCCUGUCCGUAUGUUCCGGAGGUAA